CGUUUGGUCUUGAUUGAUCAGUGCACGAAUUUUUUUGCUGAAUAACUAUUAUUAUUACAAUAUUAUAUCGUCGCCGUAAUCGAAAAACGCCAUCACAAUGAACGGAAAAAUUGUCUUGUGUUUCGCGGUCGUCUUCAUUGGACAGGCCAUGUCAGCCGCAACCGGUACUACACCUGGAGUCGAAGACAUUAAAAAAGUUGCCGAACAAAUGUCACAAACUUUUAUGUCUGUUGCCAAUCACUUAGUGGGACUUACCCCUUACUCUGCCGAUGCCCAAAAAUCCAUUGAAAAAUUUAGAGCUAUAAUGACUAAAGGAUUCACAGAUAUUGAAACCGAAGCUAAUAAAAUGAAGGAUAUCGUUCGCAAAAACGCUGACCCGAAAUUGGUUGAAAAAUACGAUGAAUUAGAAAAAGAGUUGAAAAAACAUCUUAGUACUGCCAAAGACAUGUUCGAAGAUAAAGUCGUCAAACCCAAGGUAGAAUUAAAUAAAAUCACCGAAAACGUUAUCAAAACUACCAAGGAUAUGGAAGCUACCAUGAACCAGGCCAUCGACGGAUUUAAGAAGCAGUGAUUGUUUUAAAAUGACGUGUGACUAAUCCAAACAACAAUUUUUAUAUUUUUUUUAAUUAAAUUAUUUUCUUUAUAAAAUUUUUUUUUAUUCCUGUUUUUUGUUUUUUCAAUAAAAUAUAUACCCGAGUUAAUAUUUUUCAAAUUAUAUGUUAUUAAUUAUUUUAUAAUUGUAACUUAUUCUGAUAUGGUCGAUUA